UUCGACUGACCGCGGACGCGCCUCGAGUUGGCAUGGAUACUACAACUCACGCCGGUGUGGGCGUGAGACAGCAACCUGAAGCGGCAGCGCGGAUGAGAGGCAAGGCUGCGAUUGUCGCAAGCCCGUACGCGACGGUCCCCAUGAUCGUAUUCUAGGCAUGGUACCUAGCGGUAGCAGCUUCCAUCCGCUUGGUUGGGGUCGUCCCACACCAGCGAGCGGACAUUUGGCCAGAUGGACGGACGGAUGUAAUUAUUCCUCACGACGACUCGCUCGUUACGAAGGGAAGGACAUGUAUUAUGAUGUUAGGUGAGGAGAGAGGGUGAGGAGAGACUUCGCAGUAAAUGACGCAUCAUGAAUCGAGACUCAGAGAGUCAGGUACCUUCAAAUUCCGGCGCAAGUCACACAUCGUCGAUAGCCCGUCACGAGGUCAGCAGCCAGUCACGGUCUUGGCUCGGUUGUAGUAAGCUCGGACCAAGCCUCUUCUGAGGCCCCUGAACAUCUCCUGGUUCGGUCCGAACGUGUCUGCAGUCAGAGCAGCGUGGGGAAGAGUGACUGGAAAAUAAGAUUGGUGAUUCCCCGAGGGAAUUAGGAAAGGACCGAGACCAUUCGAGAGCGAGAGAGCGCCGACGAGCGAGAGAGCGACAGAUCGCAGCGCAUACGGUACCCUCGCAGCGUGUCAUGUCGUGCUGACGUGAGCCUAACCAUCCAAUCAAAUCCGUCCCCGAAUCAGCGGAGCCCGAAUGCGUGAGAACCUGCGGCGAUUCUGUGCUCCCAGCGAUCUCUCCGAGACAGCGCGAGGUUUCGCUCGGGCGGAUGGGACGAGAGAGCGAGCAGCCAUGAGACAGCACCAUGGGACAGCACCAUGACAGACCGACGGAUUGAGACUAGACAGGCUGCGCGCUAGCCCAGCGAGGUGUACAUACACGGAUGGUAAUUUUCGAUGCCUUUAGCAUGCUGGGAUAAGCUACGCCAUGCUAUGCCGGGCUCGGCUCCUCGUAUCGCAUCCCCCCGCUGAAGUGUGUGCCAUGCCACUGCUGCUGCUCCUCCUCUUCCUGUCAGCUCCCCUCACUGGCUCUUGGUGAAAGACGCGCCCUUGCGCCCUCUCUCGCUCUUUCACUGCUUGAAGGCACCGCCUUUUGGUCUUCCUCUUCUUGCUGGUGUGCGCCGCACUGCACUGCUAGUACCGACUGCGCUCUGUGUUCCUGCCAAGAAUCCAUCUUGACAACCAGAAUCAGCGCUGUGCCAAGACCCUGCUGGGGUCUUCAGCUCUCCCCGCUCAACUCUCCGCCAUAACUCUCUCUCCUCUCAAUUCGGAUCAAAAAGAGUGCUCCUUGCUGCUGAGUUGCUCCUUGCUGCUCAGCUGCUCCUUGCUGCUCAGCUGUGGGUGAUUUUUGAAAAAUUCACAAAAAUCACCUGAGCUGUGCUGAACCUGUUCGUGCUGAGUGGUGCCGAGUGGUGCUGAGUGGGGCUGAGUGGCCAUCCACUCCCCCGUGGCUGAGCGCAUGGCGGCAUCAGGGGGUGAAUCGGGGAUCUCAGUCCAAUGGGUUGGUGACCCUGUGAGGAGGAAUGGGGAAUCCAUGCCUCCCGCUGCUGCUGGUGACGCCUUGGAUGUUGGUGAUCAUGUGGAUGCUGCGGAUGGCAGUUGUCAUCAUGCGGCAUGCCAUGUCAUUUUUGAAGAUGGCUUCUCCAUGCAUCUGGAAGCAGGGGGCGUCGUGCAUCUGAUGCCGGAGAAUCCCAAGGAGGACCUCUUUGUGGCUCGCAUCGAGGGCUUCCUGGAGGAGGGUGGCCAGAAGAGCCUCUGCGUGCGCUGGUACUACCGCCUCCAGGAUUUGGCUCACAGGCCUCCCACCCCUCCCGAGCCCAACGAGCUCUAUUACACCACGCACUACGACGUGCAGAACUUCGACGCACUGUCCAGGGAGCCCUGUGAGGUCACCCAUGCUGGCAGCCUCGGCAGCAACGGCAGCAGUGACAGCAAUGACAGACUGCAUCCCCCAGGGGAUGAGAGGAGAGGGCGUUCCUAUGUGUGCAAGUACAGAUACGUAUCGGAGAAGGGGGCGUUUUUGCCUAUCAAAGGAGCUGAUGCUGCUGGCGCCACAAGGCAGCAGUCACAUGAGCAGAAGGCUCUACCUCUGCCAAACGACCUUGUAGCACCAGCAGCGGAGACCACCUGCAGCAACAGCAGCAGCAUUCAGGUGAAAGCAGGGGUGGCGUAUGAGAUCCGGGCGUCAGAGCUGCCCUCACACGCUCCACGCGACCUUUGCCUUGUGCGCACUGUUGUUAUGUCAAAGAAGGACGGCAGCAGCAUCACAAUCAAGUACCCAUCACCAUCGUCCAUCCGCAAAGCCUUUGGCGCCGCCCACACCACCAGAGAAGCAGCAGCAGCGGCGGCGGCGGCAGAGCACCACGCGCUGCAACAAAACCAACAUAGCCACCAGCACCAGCAGCACAAGAACGAGAACCAGCAGCAGCAGCAGCAGCAGCGGAAGCACAAGUUUCUGCACAGGACCACCACAAAUGAAGCCGCCUCCCCAGCCGGACCCUUUGGUCUGGGGCUGCACCUGGGCUGCCGACCCGACCUCAAUGCCUCCUUCACGCUCCCCGUCUCCUCCUCCUCCACCCUCCCCCCCAACCCCUCCCCCCUGUCUGCCGAGGAGGGGGUGAAUUUGACCCGGCUCUUCAAGCGCUCUGUGCCGCGCAGUGAGUACCUGCACCAGGCGCACCUGCUGUCCUUCUGGCUGCUGCAUCCGGAGGGGUUUGAGUGGGGAGGGGAUGGGGGGGAUGGGGGGGAUGGGGGGGAUGGAGGGGAUGGAGGGGAUGGGGGAAACGGGGGGGUGAAAGGGGAGGGUGUGCAUGAGAACGGCUCUGCUGGGGUUAGUGCUACUGGGGGAAUGGGUGCGCAUAAAGAGGAGGAAGUGGAGGGGGAUGAAGGCUUGGGAGGAAGUGAGAUGGCAGUGGGAAUGGAUGGUGUGGAACACGGGUAUACCCCUGUUCCUGCUCCUCCUGCUGCUGUUGCUCCUGCUGCUGCUCCUGCUGCGGCUGCUGCUGCUGCUGCUGCUGCUGCUGCUGCUGGUUCUUCUGCUCCUCCGGCUGCUGCUGCUGCUGCAGGGGAGGUAUUUGCGAGUGUGGACGAGGCUGCAGAGGCACUCACUCAGCUAAAGCCAUGCAGGGCAGUCGCCCAUGCUCUUGCGCUUGCUCAUGCUGCUCAUGCUGCUGCUGAUGGUGCUGCUGAUGGUGUUGAUGGUGAUGAUGGUGCUGAUACCGAUGCUAAUGCUAACAUAUCUGCUGAUGCUAGUGCCGGCGCUGAUGCGGCCGGUGAUGGUGAUAGGGAUGUUUCUGAAACGGGAAGGAGGCAUGGGAAUGGAAACGGCACUGAAGAAACGGAACAGGAAGAACUAGACGCAGAAGCAGAAGCAGAAGCAGAAGCAGAAGCAGAAGAAGAGGCGGACGCGGAAGUGGAAGUGGAAGCAGAGGCGGAAGCAGAGGCGGAAGCAGAGUCGGUGGACAUAAGGGCGUGGCCCAAGAGGAGGAGGGGCGGGGGGGGCAGCAGGAGCAAGAAGGCGCGGGUGGUGGUGGUGGCGGCAGUGGACAAAACCAGGUCGCUCAACAACGCGUCCAGCCUGCCCUCCUCUACCAGCAGCGGUGAGGACGUUGAGGACGAGGAUGCUGUGGCAGUGAGCCGGGCGAAGGAGAACGGGAAGGGCAAGGAGAAGCAGGAGGCGAAGGGGAAAGGGACGGGGAAGGGGAGUGCAAAGAAGGAUGCGCAUCUGCUGAAGCUGCCCAAGGACAUGCAGGGCCGCUGGUCCAAGGAACGGUACCGCACCGCCCAGGUGAAGCUAGUGGACAUUAUGAGGGCUCAGGGAGCCAGGCCCGGCAAGCCGAUGCUGCGGCCAGUGCUGCGGGAGGAGGCGCGGCGAUUCAUCGGCGACACGGGGCUGCUGGACCACCUGCUGAAGCACAUGACGGACACCAUCGUGCAGACCGGGCAGCGGUUCAGACGCAGGCAUAACAGUGAAGGCGCCAUGGAGUACUGGCUGGAGGACGCCGGGCUCAUGGCCAUCCGAGAGGCAGCGGGCAUCAGCGACCCCACGUGGGUGCCCCCACCGGGGUGGAGGCCAGGGGCAGACCCGCAUGUGCCAUGCGGUACCAGGCGGUGCCACAAGGUGGAGAGGGACGUGGAGAGGAUGGGGGGCUCUGUGUGUGCCAUGCGCAGAGAGCUCGACGAGCUGAGGCGGCAGGUGGGCAAGCUUUCCUCCAGAGGCACUCAACCGCAGCAGCAGCAGCAGCAGCAGCAGUUGGCCCCGUGUGUGGCCCCGUCUGUGAUUCUGGGAGGCACCAAGGCUGGCGUGGCAGGCAAGGGGACAUGGGGCAAUGGGUCUGCUGCCACUGACCUCGAAGCCACGCUCCUGCUCCUCAGCUCUAACUUGGCCGCUAGUGGGAGAACAUGGGAGGUUGACACAUCGUCCCUGCAUAGCCUGCUCACUAAAGUAUGGGAGGAGCUGCAGCAGCACAACAAGCUCAACCAACAGAUAUUGCUCGCCCUCAACACCAGCAACAGAGAAGUACUCGACUCCAUUGCCGGCCAGCCCUCCAAGUCCCUGCCAGCCAUCCUCACUGCCGCUGCUGGAACCCUGCUCUCCCUCCCCCAAUCUGACCUCCAUUCACCAAAGCUGUCGCAGGAGCAGCAGCAGCAGCACGUUUCCCUAAUCACCAGGACCAGCAAUACCCUGCCUGCUCUGAUCAUCCCUCCCGCGCCUGCAUCUGCACUGCCGAUUCAGGAGAAGCACACAGGGGCAUCAAGGCAGGUGAAUGGUAGUGAGCAGCAGCAGCAGCAGACUGACCAUGAUCGGCCAUCUUUUUCCACUACCACGGAUGUGAAGCCCCUGCUCAAGAGCAGCACCCAGCAGACAGCAGCACCUAUGCAUGCGGUGGCACAUGGCAAGACAGUAGGGCUGCUCAAGCUCCCAUCGUGUGUCACACAGAACCUUCCUGCUUCUCGCUUCCUGCCCCAGUGAUCCUGGAGCGCUGUUGCUUGUUGUUCUCCCUUCUCCCGCAACGCAGGAUAGAGUAGAGUGUGUGUUUGUGUGUGCAUGGUAUUGUGAGUGCAAGGUCUUUGGAGCACUUGCUAAAAUGGUGACAGACAUUUCCUAGAAUGUAUUGUGUGAAAGCGCAGCUGCUUAUACGGUAAUGCAG